AUGGCCCUACUCCACCCAGACACCUCAGAGGAAGUGCUGGCCUUCAUCCAGGCCACUGUUAGCAGGCUGAAGAGAUCCUAUCAGAAAGGACAGACAGAUGCAAACGGAGAAGUGAAAAGAGAGAGGGGGAAGGAGCGGAGGAAGAGUGGGCGGGGCCGUAGAGGUUGCGUGCUAAAGCGGAUUCAGUUAAACGUGAGUGAUCUUGGCUUGGGUUUUCGGAGCAAAGAGGAGCUGUUUUUCAGCUACUGCACUGGUGCCUGCACCAGGUCCCUCACAAACUAUGACAAAAUCCUCAACAGUCUCACACGGAACCGCAGCCUGUUCCCCGAAACACCGCCACAUGUCUGCUGCAGACCUGUUGCCUAUGACGAUGACCUGUCUUUCCUUGACGACGACCUAAUAUACCACACCAUGAGAAUGCACUCAGCUAGACAGUGUGGCUGUGUUUGA